AAAUAUUGAAUGCCCAGUCUGUUACAACUUCCUUAAAUGUAUAUUCACCUCUUGCGUUAGCUAGCUGUACUAUUCAUCUCAUAUGAUAUCUGAUCUUCUUCAGUUCCACCACAUCAUUCCAAACUCACCUCUUUCCAUGAUUAUAUAUGCACAUAUUCCAUAACCAUCUUUUCAAUCCUAAAGCAACUCACUUCCAUGUAGCUUAUAUACUUGCCCCUCGAUUCAAUCCACUCGGCCUCAUAAAAUAAAAAAUAAAAAAAAAAGUAACUAAUGGCUACUCUGCAGCAAGAAACUUCACACUUUUCGGAUGAGGACGAUGACACUACCAGCAACGAUGAAGACGAUGGUAUCGAAGAAGAAAGCUCAGAGCGAGAUCUCAAGACCAGAAAGGGCCGGGGUAAAAUAUGGUUCUUAGGCAAAGUACUGGACCCUAGAGCUUCAUGGAUCCAGGAAUGGAACCAAGUGUUUCUUUUAGUUUGUGCCACAGGAUUAUUUGUGGAUCCACUCUUCUUUUACGCACUUUCGAUAAGUGAGGCCUGCAUGUGCUUGUUCAUUGAUGGGUGGUUCGCCAUCACCGUCACGGUUCUCAGGUCUAUGACGGAUACUCUGCACUUGUGGAACAUGUGGUUGCAGUUGAAGAUAAACAAACGUCCUCAUGCUGUCAAUGCUGACGAGAGGAGCCGGCCGUACGAUGUCAGCUCGCGCACGGUGGCGAUGCGGUAUUUGGUGGCGAAGAAGGGUUUCUUCUUUGAUCUAUUCGUCAUCCUGCCGAUUCCUCAGGUUGUGUUAUGGAUAGUAAUCCCAGCUUUACUUGAAAAGGGUUCCACAACAGAAGUGAUGACAGUCUUCCUCGUAAUGUUUCUCAUCCAGUACUUACCAAAGAUCUACCACUCUGUUUACCUCUUGCGCCGAAUGCAAAACCUCUCUGGCUACAUUUUUGGUACUGUCUGGUGGGGAAUAGCGCUCAAUUUGAUUGCAUAUUUUGUCGCCUCUCAUGCGGUGGGAGCAUGUUGGUAUUUACUUGGAAUCCAGAGGGCUACAAAAUGCUUGACAGAACAAUGCAUGAAAUCUCAGAUUAGUUGUGUCCCUAAAUACUUGGCUUGUGAAAACAAUAUCUUUUAUGGUGGAGGAAACCUCGCGAAAGACAGCAGACGGCUCUUAUGGGGAGAGAACCAAAAGGCUAGGUCUGUGUGUCUGUUGGCUGAUGAUAAGUUUGGUUAUGGUGCUUAUAAAUGGACUGUGCAACUUGUGAUCAACGAAAGCCUUUUGGAGAAAAUUCUUUAUCCUAUAUUUUGGGGUCUCAUGACUCUAAGUACAUUUGGGAAUCUGGAGAGCACGACAGAAUGGUUAGAAAUUGUGUUCAUCAUCAUUGUUCUUACAACUGGACUCCUCCUGGUCACCAUGUUGAUUGGUAAUAUUAAGGUGUUUUUGCACGCGACGACAUCAAAGAAACAGGCAAUGCAGUUGAAGAUGAGAAAUGUUGAGUGGUGGAUGAGGAAGAGACAUCUGCCGCAGGAGUACAGGCAGAGAGUGCGCAACUAUGAGAGGCAACGUUGGGCUGCUAUGCGUGGCGUUGAUGAAUGUGAUAUGAUCAGGAAUCUCCCUGAAGGUCUUAGGAGGGACAUCAAGUAUCAUCUGUGCUUGGACUUGGUCAAGCAGGUUCCUUUGUUUCAGCACAUGGAUAGUUUGGUUCUAGAGAACAUUUGUGAUCGCGUCAAGUCCCUCAUAUUCACCAAAGGAGAAACCAUAACUAGGGAAGGUGACCCUGUUCAGAGAAUGUUGUUUAUAGUUAGAGGGCAUUUACAAAGCAGUCAAGUACUAAGGGAUGGUGUAAAAAGUUUCUGUAUGUUAGGCCCUGGUAACUUCAGCGGUGACGAGCUCUUGUCAUGGUGUCUUAGGAGGCCUUUUGUUGAAAGAUUGCCUCCGUCUUCAUCAUCACUAGUCACUCUUGAAACAACAGAAGCUUUUGGACUUGAGGCCGAAGAUGUGAAGUACGUAACGCAGCAUUUUAGGUACACAUUUGUUAAUGAGAAAGUGAAGCGGAGUGCAAGAUAUUAUUCACCAGGGUGGAGAACUUGGGCGUCUGUUGCUAUUCAGCUGGCAUGGCGAAGGUACAGGCAUCGACUGACACUCAGUUCUCUGUCAUUCAUAAGGCCAAGGAGGCCUUUGUCGAGGUGUUCAUCGCUUGGGGAGGAUAGGCUGAGGCUUUAUGCUGCUCUGUUAACAUCGCCUAAGCCAAAUCAUGAUGAUUUUGAUUUCUGAAGCAGUUGAAUGCAUGUAUUUCAUAUAGUUGUAUAUUGCUAAAUGGAGCUUUGCGUCUGUCACAUUGAAUAAUAAGCUAUGUGUUUUUAAUCUAAGAAUAAAUUACUCAUUACUCAAUUCACAAAAUUGUAAUCUAGUGGAUAUCUCUCUUCUCUCAACAGUAUGAGUAUGUGUCCUAAGAUUGACCCGUUCCCGGGUGAAUAAAAAUCAGAGUGCUAUUGCAGAGUAA